AGCGCCCGGUGGAUAAACACGGGCUCGCCGGCUCCCCCGAAAACUCACGGAGAAUCUCCCCCCAAACCGCCCCAAAUCGGUUAAAAGUCUCGCCAUCUUUAACUGAUCGCCGAAGCAGGGGGGCUAAACCAAACUCCCCCUGGACUUAACACUCAGCCUCGCACGUCUCUCGUAUCCCCCCGAUUGGCCGAUUGAUUCCCCUCGAUCGAUCGUAUAGGAAGCGGCCAAGGACGGGGGAGUGACGUCUUGGGUCAGGGAGGGGGCCUUUGAGGUAGCGGGAGGGCGGGCCGAUGGAUCGCUGCCGGAAGCGGCCCGACUCCGACCCGGGGGCCUCCGGUGAGGCCGAGUCCCCCGCGGAUAAGCGCCCCUGUACUGCGGAGGAGACGUCGACCUCUGCUGCCGUCGCCGCCUCCGCUGCCGCGGCCGCUGAGCACGCCGCCUCGGACAUGGACACUUCGUCGUCUGGCCACGCCCGCGCCGUCGCCGGCGCAGGCGAUGCUGACGGUGAUGGUGACGAUGGUGAUGGGGAUGAUGGAGAUGCGGAUGGGGGAUCGUCGUGCGAGUCGGAUGGGGGCGAGAGCCCCAGGGUGUGCGCUGGGGGCGGGAAGUUCCAUCGGAUGGUGGCGGCUGUGGCCGCGGAGAGCGCCGGGGAGGGCACGCUGGUGGCGUCGCUGACGGAGCUCUGCGAGGCGCUCUCCUUCUGCACGGAGGACGCCGGGAGCUACUUCCCCACGGAGGCGGCGGUGCGGGCGCUGGUGCGGCUGACCGGCGGAGGAGAGGGCGGGGUGGCUAGCCCCGACGAGAUGCUGCUCUCCCUGCGCGCCAUCACCUACCUCUGCGAUGCCAUGCCACGCGCAGCUGACGCCGUUGUCCGCCACGGCUUGCUCCCCAUACUCUGCUCCCGGCUCCUCGCUAUUGAGUACCUUGAUGUGGCUGAGCAGUGCUUGCAGGCGUUUGAGAAGAUAUCGCGUAGGCAGCCAACGGCCUGCUUGCAGGCAGGCAUGAUUACUGCCGUGCUGGCAUACAUUGACUUCUUCUCUGCAAAUAUCCAGAGGGUUGCAGUCUCAGCUAUUGCAAAUGCCUGCAAGAAGGUCCCCCCAGAUUGCUCCCAGUAUGUUAUGGAUUCGGUACCAAUGUUGUGUAAUCUGCUGCAGUCUGAGGACAAGAUGGUACUGGAAAAAGUUGCAACUUGCUUGAUAAGCAUUGUAGACUCAUUUAGUAGUUCAGUGGAGCUUCUUGACCAGCUCUGCCACCAGGGUGUGGUAGAGAAGGUCCUUCCUUUGAUCAACACCAACGGACUCACUUCCCUUAGCCCAUCAACUUGCAGUAACUUGAUCGGGCUUCUUGCUAAGCUAGCCUGUAGUUCACUUGUGGCUGUGAAGUCUCUCUUUGAACUGAAUAUUGGUAGCACCAUAAGGGGGAUUUUGGUCACUUCAGAUCUCUCACAUGGGAUGCCAUACCUGCCUUCAGAAAACCAAAAUAACCAGGUCAAUGAAGCUCUGAAAUUAGCAAUCCAGCUUAUUCCUUCAGUAGCAAGAGAUAUUGAAGACACCUGUAUGGUACUUGCAAAAGAAAAAAUAAUUGUGGAUGAACCAGGGUAUUUGUGUCGGUUCUCUGGGGAUAUUCUUCCUGUCUUGAUAAAGGCAGUCAACUCUGGUGCAAAUUCAUACAUUUGCUAUGGUUGUUCUACAAUUGUAAAUAACAUCUGUUACUUCAGUAAGCCUGAAAUGCUUCAAGGGUUGCUCAAGGAAACAAACAUAUCAAGCUUCUUGGCUGGUUUAUUGUCUCGGAAGGAUCAUCACAUGCUAAUCUCAUCACUAAAGAUUAUAGAGAUUCUCAUGCAAAAGCUUCCUGAUGCUUACCUUGGAUCUUUUAUCAAAGAAGGUGUCGUCUAUGCGGUAGAUACUCUUCUUAUGCAAGAGGAUUGCUCAAAAUCCAGUCCUUGUCUCCCUGAUGACACUCACCAAUCUGAGAAUCAACCUGUCAUAAGAAAUAAACCUGCGUGUUUCUGCUAUGCAUUUGAUUCCCGCAGAUCUGAAUCUGCUGAAACAAGGACUUGUAGAAUUGGGCAGGGCAACCUUUUUAAUUUUGCAAGGCAUGUGAAGACAACUUACUUUACUGCUGAAGCAGUGAGUUCUGAGAUGGGCUUAACAGAGAUUUUGCAGAAGCUCAAAACUUGCUGUGCAGUUCUGAAUGACUCUGCAGAUAAGUCACUAAAUAAAGAUGGUCUUCGAAAUGAAGAACACCUGUCCAAUAUCUUGAGUGAGGUGAUGAUGGAGCUUCACGGAGGAGAAACAAUGACAACCUUUGAAUUCCUUGAGAGCGGAUUGGUCAAAUCUUUGUUAAAUUACCUCUCUAAUGGCAAAUACUUCCAGGGGGAGGACAAUCUUAAAGAUCACAAUGCUGACCAUUUUUAUGCAGUGUUGAAAAGAUUCCAGUCAUUUGCCCGAAUUUCUUUUUCAAGAAUGGAACAAGGUUGGGGUGAUAUGCUUUUGACACUACUUGUAAGGAAGCUACAGAAUGCUCUUACUUCUCUUGACAACUUCCCAGUGAUAAUGAGCCACAAUUUCAAGCCAAGGAGCAAUAUUUCUGACAUCCCAAUUAGGCACUCAACAAUAAGUCCAUGUAUCCGAGUACGAUUCAAGAAGGAUGAAGAUGAAACCAACUUAUCAAGCUACGAUAAUGCUGUGAAUUUGGAAAUCUCUUCAUCCUUGCAAUCUAUUGAGGAAUAUUUGUGGCCCAAAGUCACUAUAGACACAAGCAAUCAGAGCACUGAAUCGUCACCUAGUAGUGUUGCUUUCGAGAGCAAAUAUGCUGAAGAAGAUCCUCAGGAAAGAGAUUCCAGCCCGGAAUCUUCUCCUCCAGCAGAGGGUAUCUUGAGGGAAAAUCAAAAUGCUUCUGUAGAACCAUGUGGGACGUCAUCUUCCGCUGGAGGUCAACCAGGAAGAAACAAGUCGAUCGGGACUGAACAUGUGGUGCAACCAAAACUGGUAUUUAGUUUGAAAGGAAAAGAGCUUGACCGAUCUGUUACUCUAUAUCAAUCAAUCCUGCAAGAUCUGAUCAAUGCUGGGGCUGACAUAAUUUUGGACAACCAGUUUUGGCGCAGUGUGCAUGAUGUAACAUUUCGAACAGCUCCUGCAAAUCCAGAAAAAGAUGAUUCUCCUAAGAAUUCGUCAAAUGCAGCAAUGUCAACAGAUGACGCUAAAACUGGGUUAAUGUGGCAAACACUCCCUUUCUUCAGCAGCCUAUUGUUUGGCAAGAUUCCUUGCAAACUUGAUAGAUCAAGUCCGUCAUAUGACAUAUUGUUUAUGCUCAAAGUUCUAGAGGGAUUAAACCGAUACUCGUUUCACCUCAUGUCUAAUGAGAGAAACCAUGCUUUUGCUGAAGGAAGGAUUAAACUUGAUGAUCUGAAGCCUUCUGUUUCUUCAGUUCCACACCAGGAGUUUGUUAGUACUAAAUUGACAGAUAAACUGGAGCAACAGAUGCAUGAUCCCUUGGUUUCAAGGUCUCGUUGUCUGCCUUUAUGGUGCACUGAACUGAUGUCUGCAUGCCCUUUCUUAUUUUCUUUUGAGGCAAGAUGGAAGUAUUUCCAGCUGACAGCAUUUGGUUCUUUGUCAAUGCAACAUGGACAUAUGAUAGAUGCAAGUGGUAACCAUGCUGCAAUAGAAAGAGGCUUAUCCUUUUCACGGAAAAAGUUCAAGGUUGAUCGCGACGAUAUACUUGUUUCAACUGCUAAAAUCAUGCAGUCCUAUGCUCGGAGUAAUGCAGUGCUUGAAGUAGAAUAUGAAGAAGAAGUAGGCACAGGUUUAGGUCCUACUAUGGAAUUCUAUACGUUAAUAAGUCAUGAGUUUCAGAAGUCUGGUUUAGGCAUGUGGAGAGGGGAGCUUCCUUGUAAAGCUGUCACUGACAGUGCUCACGUUGAUCCCAUAACUGUGGCCGCACCUAAUGGACUGUUUCCUCGACCGUGGUCUCCUUCUGUAGAUUGUGCUUCCUUCUUGGAAGUAAAUAAAAGAUUCCACCUCCUUGGUCAGGUUGUCGCAAAGGCAAUUAAGGACGGUAGGAUUCUUGACAUUCCAUUUUCCAGAGCAUUUUACAAGCUUAUGCUAGGACAGGAGCUUAAUAUAUAUGAUAUCAAUUCAUUUGAUCCUGAACUGGCAAUGACCCUUACGGAGUUUAAAGCACUUACUUGUCAGAGAAAAUAUAUAGAAUCAUGUUCGACACGGGACCGCCAGAGCACAUCUGAUUUGUCCUAUCGAGGUUGUAGAAUUGAAGAUCUUGCUAUUGACUUCGCUGUCCCAGGGUAUCCAGAAUUUGUGCCCUCUUCAAAGAGUAGCUCAGAUAAUGUAACCCAUGAGAAUUUAGAAGAAUAUGUUUCUUUUGUUGUUGAGGCAACAGUUAAAAGUGGAAUCGCAAGACAACUCGAAGCUUUUAAGUCAGGAUUCAGUGAGGUAUUUCCACUAAGCACACUUCGUGUAUUCUCAGAGGAUGAGCUGGAGCGAUUCCUGUGUGGAGAACAAGAUAAUUGGGAUUUUGUGAAACUAGUGGAUCACAUAAAAUUUGAUCAUGGCUACACCUCCAGCAGCCCUGCAGUCAUUAAUUUUUUAGAGAUCAUACAAGAGUUUGAAUGCCACGAACGCAGAGCUUUCUUGCAAUUUAUAACGGGUUCACCUCGACUCCCUCCAGGCGGUUUGGCUGCACUAAAUCCAAAUUUGACAGUUGUCCGGAAGCAUAACAACGUUGCUGACGAUGACCUGCCGAGUGUGAUGACUUGCGCUAACUAUCUUAAGUUACCUUCCUACUCUUCUAAGGAAAAGAUGAGGGAGAAACUAAUCUACGCAAUUACGGAAGGCCAGGGGUCCUUCCACCUAUCUUGACUGGAAACCGAUAGCAACGCUAGCUGGACGCGCCACACGGAGGAGGAAUCCUUGAUAUAUGCGUGUUUUGUAAGUACAUCGCGUAGGAAGCUGGAAGCACGGUGUGAAUGUGUGCGGCUCACUGCUUAACUUAUGACACGACGCGGGGGAGCUGAUGUUAGGAAGGGGAAGAUCAGAGAUUCAGAGGGCGCCCCUCACGUUCUUUCUUCUAUCCUUGUCUGUACAUAGUAGUGGUAGAUGCUUUAGGUGUGCUCUCAGGUGGUCGCCGCACAUGGCGAUCAUCAACUUAGGUCGGUCGCUACUAUUUGGGCAGCCCAAUCUUUUGGUGUACAUAUACGUGGCUGCAAGUGUUGAUUCCACGUUUGCCUGCUGAAACUUGUGUUGCUUUACGUUUGGCGAAAUGUGCCUAUAUCAUUCCUACAUGUGGGUCUGUCUGAAAAUCUGGCUCCAA